GCAUAAUUUUCAUUUCAAAUUAACAUCUACUGAUAACAUUUAUUUAUAAUCAAUCAGCGUAUGAUUUAUGAAUGUUAUUGCAAAUUUAGUUCAAUAAAGGCUCGUCUGCUUUAUGCAAAUUAUGUGGAAUUAACUUAAUUUUCUCAAUUUAUCCUAAAUUACCUACAUUUUAUUGAACCAUAUCCUGAAUGUGUUCACAAGUAACGUUGGCUUACAACUCACAUGUGAAUGGUAGGCCAAUAAUAAUACUAUGUGCACAAUAUAUCAAGCAAAAAUAUUUUUCUUACAUGAUAAUUUGAGGAAUAGGAUCAGGGAAACCAUUGAAAUCAUGGAGCUUAUUACCAAUGUUGCCAAAGCCCAUGGUGGUAUCUCUGUCUUUGCUGGUGUUGGAGAACGUACAUGUGAGGCUAAUGAUCUUUACAUUGAAAUGAUGGAAAGUGGUGUCAUCAAGUUAGGCGACAAGAGGAUUCAUGAUUGCUAAUGAUAGGGAAGUAUAGGCUCCCUAAGCCCUUCUUCAGUCGUUAGCUUCUUGAAAGAAGUUUUCCUAAGUGCUAAACACUUCAGAGAUGCUAAAAGUCAAGACGUGCUUCUCUUUAUUGAUAACAUUAUAUGUUUCACAUACGCUAACUCUGAGGUAUCUGCUCUACUUGGGAGUAUUCCGUCUACUAGCAUCCAAGAUCCUCAAGAACAAACUUGAUGUAACAAAAUUCAACUUUCCUGUUGCUGGAACUGAUCGCCGGAAGGAAACUCUCUAUCACAGCAACAAAAAGAUGGAGACCGGAGUGGAAGAAAGAGAAAUAGAAAUUGGGAAAUCGACUUUAGGUAGCAACAACUUGGUCUUCUUCUCAAUUUUUCAACAACCAAUUUUUUGUUCAAGUAAGAUGCAAGGCAACCCUGAUGAUCAGGACCAAAGUAUACCUGCAAUUUGGCAACAAAAUAAUGAGAGUCAACUAAGGGUUUAUCAAACAAGUCAAAUGCAUCUAGAGAAGGGGUGGGUAUUUUCACACUCCUUGGAUUCAGAAGAUAUGGAUCCUAGUUUUAUAAAACUCCGUAGGUGAUAUAUUCACACAAAGAGUUAUAUUUUAGCAUCAACACAUGAGGUGUAAGGCUUUUGUACAUAAAGAGUUAUAUUUUAUAAUCUUAAUGUCUUACUUUUGAAAAUGAAUCGGGUUUAUGAUUCUCCUUGAUUUUAUUAAUCCCAACAAACCAUAUUUUUUUAAUCAAGUUAACAACUUUAUAAAAUAUUUUAAUUUUUAGACUUUGAGGACAAUGAUAGUUGUUGAAUUCAGGUGAUGGAUACACUUGGGAUUCUUUGUUCAUGAUUCAAGUGGACAAUGUGGGAUAUCUCCUUCAGAUCAGGCACCACAUGAGAUCAAUUGUUUGGAGCUUCCCCUAUUUCAACAUGAACAUUUACCUGAUCUGGACAGAGUUCUGCUAUAUUAAGUGCUACUACUUUUGAUUGGAUCAUCAUCACUUCACCUGAAGUAGCCCUUGUCUUUCUUGAUGCCUGGAAGUAUGCACACAGCUUUCCUCCAUAUAAUAAUAAGUUACAUUUCCUUGUGUAUAACUUUUUAAUCAAAAUUUUAAGUCACAAAUUAUAACCUUGGAUGAUUUGCAAAUUAUCAAUUUUUGACUAAGUAAUUGGAGGUAAGGAAAAAUUAUAACCUUGGAUGAUUUGUAAAUUAUCAAAUUUUGAAUUAUUAAUACAUGGGUAAAUGAGGUGAAAGCAUAGGAUGUUGUUUGUUUGAUAAAAGAUUCUGCUACUCUAUCUGGUUCGUUAUUCACCUUGCAUGUAUCCCAAAUAUGUAUUGAGCUGCCAAUUCUAACUAAUAA